AUGGCAGCAGCAGCUGCAGCAGCAGCAGCAGCAGCAGCAGCAGCAAAUCGCUGCAGCAGACGCAGGAGCCACACAGUACAGCUGAUGGCGACAGCAGCAGCAGCAGCAGCAAGACGAGCAGCAGCAGCAACAGCAGCAGCAACAACACGACGGAACAGACACAGGAGCCACCCAGUUCAGCAGGCAGCAGCAGCAGCAGCAGCAACUAGCAGCAACGAGCCGCUGGAACAGACGAAUGAACCACCCAGUACAACAGAUGACAGCAGCAGCAGCAGCAGCAGCAGCAACAGCAACAGCAGCAGCAGCAGCAGCGACGACAGCCGCAAUGCGCUCAGCAGCACUUGUAGCAAGAGAAACAUCAGCAGCAGCAACAGCAGCAGCAGCAGCAGCAACAGCAGCAACAUCAGCAGCAGCGACAAGAGCAUGAACAAGAGCAGCAGCAGCAGCAGCAGCAGCGGCAGCAGCAGCAGCAGCAGUGGCAGCAGCAGCAGCAGCAGCAGCAGCAGCAGCAGCUAUAUAUCAUGUGCUCCCUGGUGCGUCACAUUAGUAGUGGAGGCCUUCGACGCCAACAGCACCUGCUGCCCUUGCUGCAGCCCUGCUGCUGCUGCUGCUGCUGCUGCUGCUGCUGUUGCUGCUGGAGAGGAGGAAGGAGGUGCAGCAGCAGCAGCAGCAGAUGCUGACGUGCAUGCGUGCUGCAGCAGGACCCAGGACAGCAGCAGCAGCAGCAGCAGCAGCAGCGAGCAUUCUGCUGCUCGGCGUUCGUGCAGCAUCAGCAGCAGCAGCAGCACUUCCUCUGUACCUAGCAGCAGCCGCAGCAGCAGCAGAAACGGCCGCAGCAGCAGCAGCAACAGCAGCAGCAGCAACAGCAGCAGAGAGGGCUCGUUAGGCUGCUGCUGCUGCACGCAGCUGUGGAUAGAAGUGUGGGGGUUGAGGGAGAGGCAGGCCCCUCUCUGUCUCCGUCUACGCAGCAGCAGCAGCAGCAGCAGCAACAGCAGCAGCAGCAGCAGCAGCAGCAGCAGCAGCAGCAGCAGUUGUUGGUUUGUGUCUCCUCCAAUUCUGCUGCAAAAGAAACACAGACAGCUGCAGUUCCGCCUAUUCAGACGCACCCCGCAGCAGCAGCAGCAGCAGCAGCAGCAGCAGCAGCAGCAGCAGCAGCAACAGCAGCAGCAGCAGCAGCAGCAGGUGUGGAUAGAAGAGAGAGAGCUGCUGGGGUUGAGGGCCCUUCUGCUGCCGCCGGGGCCCUCCUGUCUCCUUCGCUGCACCUUUGGUCUCUAA